CAUCAUGGCUUCCACGAGGAUUUUGCGCAUACUGAGACCUCAGAAUUCCCUCAGAAAAUGCCAGAACGUUGCCGAAACUUUUGCAAAUGUGGAAUCCAGAUCGUUAGCAGUCGUCCCAUCUCGUAAUAUCUCAACUGUCAAGCCCAUACAACAUCGUGGUAAAUUGCUAUGUCAACUGAAACUGAAAGACCUCCCUUCCAGUCAUGUAUCCAUGGCUACAAGAUUCAUAAAUACAACUUCCUCAUUACAAGCUAAAGACUUCUACAAAAUUUUGGGAGUGAGUAACAAUGCAACCCAAAAAGAAAUCAAAAAAGCUUAUUUUCAGCUUGCCAAAAAGUUUCAUCCCGAUAAAAACAAAGGAGAUAAAACUGCUUCUCAGAAAUUUACAGAAGUUGCUGAAGCAUAUGAAGUCUUAGGGGAUGAGCAGAGACGUAGAGAGUAUGACACGCUCGGUGCCACUGGCUACGCUGCUGGAGCCCAAGGAGGUGGAGGAGCCGGUCCGUUUGCUGGCUUUGGUCAAUACAGUGCACAUAUUGAUCCAGAGGAACUAUUUAGGAAGAUAUUUGGAGACGCUGGGCUGAAAAGCGAUUUCUUCAAUGAGGACAUGUUUCGCAGUAGUUUCAGAAGAACCACUGAUGUUGUUUUAGAUUUGACCUUCAGUGAGGCAUGCCGAGGUGUGAAUAGAAACAUUACCGUACAAGUACAAGACACAUGCGCACGUUGUAAAGGAAAGAAAGCAGAACCCGGUACACGACCUGUGCCAUGUCAUCAUUGUGGUGGAACUGGUAUGGAAACUAUCAACACUGGCCCGUUUGUGAUGAGAUCGACGUGUCGUAGAUGUCGUGGACAUAAAGUAUUAGUGGGUACUCCUUGUAUUGUAUGUCAAGGCAAAGGUGAAGUGUUGCUGAAUAAAACAGUCACUGUACCAGUGCCUGCUGGUGUUGAAGACGGGCAAACUGUCAGAAUGCAAGUCGGUACUGAAGAAAUCUUUGUCACGUUUAGAGUUGCUCGAAGUAAUUCGUUCCGAAGAGAGGGUUCUGACGUCCAUUCUGAUGUAGAAAUAAGCUUUACUCAAGCGUCGCUUGGCGGAAGUAUAAAAAUCAAAGGAAUUUAUGAAAAUAUCAAUCUUGCUAUUCCACCAGGUACACAAUCACAUACAAGGAUACGAUUGGAUGGGAAAGGCAUUGCUAGAAUGAGUAGCCAUGGAUACGGUGACCAUUAUGUACAUAUUAAAAUCAGAGUACCCAGGAGUCUAACAUCAAAACAGAAAACUGUACUAUUAGCAUAUGCAGAAGAGGAAGGUGGCAUAGUGGGAACAGUAAAUGGGGUUUCGAAAACACAAGAUGGUGCUAGCAUUGUAACUGAGGAUAAAGACGGGCUAGUGAGCCAGAUUAGAAGAAUGCUGCACACACCACAUCAACCACCAGUAGCAGAAAAAGAAGAAAUAAUUAAAAAAGUAGCUGAAAAGAUUGAAGACAAGGAAGAUGACACAAAGAGACACAGAGGAGGUACCGGAACUGGUGGAGGCUAAGCGUAACUGAUUACAAGUUAGAUGAUUUAGGAAUUUAUUAACUUUGUGUGUGUUUUGUACACAGAAGAUAAUUCUAUAGUUCUGUUGGCGAGUGAGAAGUGUUGGAAUUUAAUUGGGGUUCCCACAAGUGAAAUAUUUGUGUAUUAUGUGUAAAGUACAUUGCAAUAAAAUGCGUCAUAAUAUACCAAUUAUGAAACUGAAAAAAUAAAUUUGUAAUUGAUUAAAAAAAAUUUUAUUGAAAGUAAAGUAAACAACCAUGAAGUUGCUUGUGUAUGUGCUAGAAUAUUGUGGGUAUUUUUUAUUGCAGUCUAAACUGCAAGAGUCUGGUGAGGGAUGGGAAGGUGCAUAAAUGACAUCAAACAGUGUUUUUUUUAUAGUUAUUUUGCAUUAUGUAAGGAUGUGUUAACAUUAAAUAUCAGGCAGCACAGCACGGUAUUGUUUUUUUUUUCUAUUCAGACAGUUAGAAAGAACUUUGUGUCCUUUUUAGCUUAUGACCUUUUAUGAUAGCAAUCAACUUGUGAUGCUUAUCUUUGAUUCUCACUUGAUGAGUCUCUAAUGUUACAAUGUGCAUUACAGGACAAUGGUGUAGAUGUGACUGUAAAUGGAUCAGGUCAAAAUGUUCUAAAUUGUUGUGACCUUUCUUUCAGUGUUGUGGCAUUAGUCAUUCGGUCAGUCAUUCGGUAUAGUCCCUAUGAACUUCAGUGAACAGUAUCUAAAUGCACUGCUGCUUUCAUGUAACGCAGUGUGUCAAGUACAUUAAACAAAUACUUAUACUCUUGGCCUCAUUAAUUCAUAUAAAUGUUAUAGUAUGCCUAAGAUUUCAAAUAUUACUGUGGAAUACUUUAUAUUCGCUGGAAUUACUUUUUGCUGAAAAGGCUUUUGCUUGGACGUUUUGCUUGGAAUUUAUUUUCCCUGAUUUUUGAUGAGUUUAAUGUGAAAUAUAGGGGGAAAAAUAUAUUCGCUGGAUUUUAUUUUCACAGAAUCAUCCCUUCAGCGAAAAUAGCAAAAAUAAAUUCCAAGCGAAAAUAAAGUAUUGUACAGUAUGUCUUUUAAAUUUCAUCCUGACAGCUCCAUGUAAAUUGACUUGACUAGAUAAAGUUUACAUUUUAAUUACGAUUCUAUCAACAUUUUGUAUUAUCUGCCAAGAAGUAUAAUUUAUAUGAUGUUCUUCUUCCUGAAAUAAACUCUGCAAGUGCAGUAAUAACUGGUAAA